AUGUCUGAUGCUCAAUCUCGGACCAACAUCACUGUUGGACGGGGAUUAGUGGAAAGAGUGAUGCUUACCACUCUGACUACAGUACCAUGUUGUAUAUUAUUCUGCAUUAAUGUGACUAUGCUGUUCACUUUGAGGAGUAAACUGGUGUUUCGUGAGACUUGUCGUUACAUUCUUCUGUAUAACCUCCUUUUUGCAGACACUGUGCUGAUGACACUGAGCCAGUUACUGUACAUACUGUCUAUUUGUAGAAUAAUAUUGACAUAUCCUGUGUGUGGUGUUCUUGUUAUGAUCGCCAAUCUUACAAAUGAAAUCUCUCCUCUCACACUGGUAGUGAUGUCUCUGGAGAGAUAUGUAGCUGUGUGCUACCCACUGAGGCACGCUACCAUCAUCACCAUCAGAAACACAGGGGUGGCCAUCACUGUGGUUUGGGCCUUUUGUUCACUAAACGUCCUCAUUCGUGUUGUUUUGCUGUUAGAUUUUCCAUUUGAAGACCUGGAGAGCCUGCAGAUGAAACAUUUUUGUAACACACUUAUCAUGUUUUUAGUUCCAAUAUCUGAUCAUUAUGACAAGGCCUACACUUGUUUUCUGUUUAUAUCAGCUGGUGUGGCAGUCAUUUCUGCUUAUAUUGGUGUGAUAGUAGCGGCCAGGUCGGCCUCCACAGACAAAGCUUCAGCCCAUAAAGCUCGUAACACACUGCUGCUGCAUCUGGUGCAGCUGGGCCUCAGUCUCCUGUCAACUAUGCACAACCCAUUGCUUAUAGCUGUUUCAAAAAUUGUGACGAGGAUAAUGCUUGUACGCAUUCAGAAUGUUUUCUAUGUGUUUAUUUUCAUUCUCCCCAGAUGUUUUAGUGCUCUCAUCUAUGGGCUGAGAGAUCAGACCAUCAGACCUGUUCUUCUCUACUAUCUGUGCUGUCGACUGAAAGUGUCAGUCGUCCCAGCCAAGACUGUCUCAUCCUAA